AUGAGUGUGGUCGAUAAAGUAACCGAGCAAUUGGCUCUCAUUGAACUGAAGGACGAUGAUAUUGCAGAGUACAUUACUGGCAUCAUUGAGGAUGAGUCCAUGGAAGAGGACGAGAAAAGAGAGGUUAUAUCCGAAUUCCUGUCAGAAGCAACUGACAAAGAUACCGAGAAUUUGAUCAACCACCUGCUGAAAGACUGGAAACAAGUUCAUGAAAACCAACAAAAGGAAGCAGAAGAGAAAAAGUCCAAACUGAUCCAAGAUGCCAAAGCGCGCGAGGAAGAGAGACGAAUCAAAGCAGAAAAGGAGCAGGAAGAGAAUGUGUCACUUCGCACAGCACAAAAGCUGUUGACCAAAGAGCAAAAAGAGGCUCGAGACAAAUUAAUGCAGCAAUAUGGAUAUGUCGCUGAUGGCAGUGAUGAUGAGAGCAAAAAGGAGGAGCCCACAGAGUUGACACCCAGAGAUAGACGCCGAGGAAAAACAUUGCCUGUUGCAGAUCCAUUACUUGCUGCUAAUCGCAAUGCCGACAUUGUCAAGGAAAAGGAACAAGCACGCCGUGAAGAGUUGAAAAAGGCAGCUGAUAAAGAGAAGGAGCGUAACCGCAUGCUACAGAGCAAGCAAAAGAAGGAUAAGGAACAAGAUAAAGAAAAGAAAAAGACUCAAAAGGGGGAGAGACGAAGAAUGUAG